AGGAACCCGCACAACUUCAGGGAAACUUCAGCCUCACACAGAAGAAUUUACAGCUCCGAGCGGCGACGUGGACGCGAACGUGCGAGGAACCGAAACAGCAUGGACGAUUUAGACGCACUACUGGCAGACUUGGAGUCAUCGACCGCUUAUAUUUCCAAGUGUCCAGUGUUUCUCCCCGACGAGACUCCAUACUCCUUGCCCAGCAGUGGAAACCUGGUCCAGGAUGGCACUGCCCCUCCUCCACUGCCCCCUCCGCCAUCUACCGAGGCUCUGAACGGAUCGCUCUAUAACCGAGCCGACUCGCACCACUCCUCACAACAGUCUAUUGGAUCAGCACAGAAAAGUACCUUGUCUAGAGACCGCAGUAGUCCCCCACUAUCUCAUACUGAAGAGGACCACGUCUACAGCUUUCCCAACAAGCCCAAGACGUCACAGUCCUCCGCAACAGCCAUGAGCUCUGCACUGGGCAGCAACCUGUCUGAGCUGGACCGCCUACUACUGGAACUCAAUGCUGUCCAGCAAAACACACCUUCCUUCCCAAGCACUGAGGAUGCAGCCCCGCCCCUUCCUUCCUCCAGUACUGCGCACUAUAUCCAAGAGAAUGGCGCCCACCCUGGCAUUACCCCCACUUCUAAUGGCAAGCCUCAGAGAAAUGGAACCAAAGGCAGCGAUGAGGGACGUCCUACCGUGGAGAGCCUGCUGAACGAGUUGGAAAGCUCCAUUCCAGCCCCAACGCCUACUCCGUCUGGCCUCCAAACUGACACCUGUCACCUGGAUGCACCGUCUGAGCAGCAGGGUCGCAUGUCGGCCACCUCAGCCACACGAGAGCUGGAUGAGUUGAUGGCCUGCCUGUCAGAUUUCAAGGUGCAGAGCAAUAUCAUGGCCCAGGGAAAAACACCGCACACUCAGGUCAAUAAACUGGACAACAUGCUGGGAAGCCUCCAGUCUGACUUGCACAAGCUGGGGGUAAAGACUGUGGCUAAAGGAGUGUGUGGGGCUUGCUGCAAACCUAUUGUUGGUCAGGUAGUAACAGCGAUGGGCCGCACGUGGCACCCGGAGCAUUUCGUGUGCACACACUGCCAGGAAGAGAUCGGCUCCAGAAACUUCUUUGAGCGUGAUGGACAGCCGUAUUGUGAGAGAGAUUACCAUCACCUGUUCUCUCCUCGAUGCCACUACUGCAACGGUCCAAUUCUGGAUAAAGUGGUGACUGCCCUGGAUAGGACAUGGCAUCCUGAACACUUUUUCUGUGCCCAGUGUGGGGCCUUCUUCGGCCCCGAGGGAUUCCAUGAGAAAGAUGGGAAGGCUUAUUGUCGUAAAGAUUACUUUGACCUGUUUGCUCCUAAGUGUGGUGGCUGUGCCCGCGCCAUUCUGGAAAAUUACAUCUCUGCCCUGAGCAGCCUUUGGCACCCAGAAUGCUUUGUGUGCAGGGAGUGUUUCACGCCCUUCGUGAACGGCAGUUUCUUCGAGCAUGACGGCCAGCCGUACUGUGAGGUUCAUUACCACGAGCACCGCGGCUCUCUGUGCUCCGGCUGCCAGAAGCCCAUCACUGGCCGCUGCAUCACCGCCAUGGCCAAGAAGUUUCACCCCGAGCAUUUCGUGUGUGCCUUCUGUCUUAAGCAGCUCAACAAGGGCACCUUCAAGGAGCAGAACGACAAACCGUACUGCCACGGCUGCUUCGUCAAACUCUUCAGUUAGAGCGAUUCGCGGGCGUACGUGUAUGUGACGUCUAGCUGUUGUCUGACUGUCUGUGUGUUUGUGUGCGAGUGUGUUAUGGAUAUGCAGCAAAAUCUAAAGGCGUAGUGUUAGUUGCAUCGUCGAGGCUGCGUUCAGGUUGCAUGCUGAUGGAUGUGUGUAAUCAUUAACGGCCCCUGAGGAACCUGCUCAUCAGGUUCUGAAAGGUUGGAGAUGCCUUGUGAUAUCAAAGGGGGGAAGUGGGUAGGUAAGCAGUGUAGAGAAGUUUGGAUUUGUUUUAUGGGAACUGUGUGCAAAUAAUCUGCUCACUGGCUGAGUGUAAAAGAAUCUGUUUUAUGAAUGUGGGUUUUGGAUCAGUUGACCUGUGAAAGUAUUUUAACUACGAGACGUGUCGUGUGAAAGAGUCGCAGUAACGGCACUAGAUGACCGUUUAAAACAACCGCACGUGGCGCGAACUGUACCGAGCGAAAUAGACGUAACCAGUUUAUAAUACUGUUCUCAGUGCCUUGUUUUUUUUAUCAGAAUUUAUAAAUCAGGAAAUCUACCAAAUAUAAUAGCAGAUAUAUUUAGCAACAGAUUGUGUACAUUUAUAUAAAGCCUGAUGUGAUUUGUGUGCCAGCGAUCACCAGCGUAUUACAAACGACCCGUGCUGAUCUAUAAAUAGCUAACAGGAAGGGAGUCGUGAGUGUUAUGACUUUCGUAUCGACUAUAUAAACGCCGAGCUAAACGCAGACUUAUCCUACUGUUCAGAAAGUAGUCGAGCCUGUCGGCCUUUUUAAUCAGGGAUGCAGACGUAUCAUCCAGCUGAAAAUCUUAACAUGUUCUCGCAUGUUUUAGGUGAAAUCAUUAAAUUACAUUUCAGCAAUAAUGCUUUACUGUAUUUAGGUGAUAUUUUAAUAACCACUGAUUCUAUUUUAUGUCUUCCAAGCAAAUCAUAGAUUGUUUUUCUCAAUUGAUGUGACAAUGAUGUGGAAUUUUAGCCUUUCAACACAGUAUGAUGAUGAUGAGUAUGAUUUUAAAUACAAAUCUAAUAUUUUUCUUCAUAGAGACAACUAUCAUUUACUCAAUGAUGUAAACUGCUGUAUUGUUUUGAUGUUCUAACUUUUUCUCCCUCUUUGCCUGAAAGUCUUAGAAGUUUUAAAGAACUGGUCAUAAAUGGUGAUGAACUAAGUAAAGAAGCGCCAGUUUAAAAUCUCCAAACCAUAUCAAUGUGUUACGUACAGUCUCAGCAGUGUACACCGACCAGCCAUAACAUUAAAACCACCUCCUUGUUUCUACA